CAGCCGCUCUGUCAAGCUGACCGUGCCGCAGUCAAAACCUGACUUCUGAUACUGAACUAUACGUCUUUAAAGUUCAUAGCCAUAAUCGAAAAUACGUUUUAUGAACUCAACACUUGUUGCAAAUUCCCGGCGGCGGUGGGGCAGCUUAGAAUAAGCAGGAGUGAAAAGAGAGGCACAGCAGCUCUAAGCAAACUGACUGCAGGACGGAUCUGCUCUAAGGCACCGGGCUGGGAAGCAGGUGAACUGCGCCGGGGAGCCUCGCCAGGCCCCGCAGGACGUCUUGCGCGCAGUGGCCAGGCUGACAUGGCACCCCACCCACCCUGUGGCUUCCCCUGGGGGCUCUGGCUGUCCCUGGCUCUGCUAUCUUCUGCCUUACAGCCUGCAGAGAACGAGUCCCAAGACCCAUCGGAGAGUGCAUACUUCCUGCCUGAGUUCGCCCUGUCGCCCCAGGGCAGUUUUCAGGAGGACACGACCGGAGAACGUUUGCUGACCUAUCGCCAUGACGACCAGGCAUCCAGGACGACGCGCUCGGAUGAGGACCGGGAGGUGGGCUGGGACGCCUGGGGCACCUGGAGCGACUGCUCACGCUCCUGUGGGGGCGGAGCCUCCUACUCCCUGCGCCGGUGUCUUAGCGGGAGCUGUGAAGGUCGCAAUAUCAGAUACAGAACCUGCAGCAACACGGAGUGUCCCAUCGACACUGGAGACUUCAGAGCCCAGCAAUGCUCCGCCCACAAUGACGUGAAGUACCAGGGCCAGCUGUAUGAGUGGAUGCCAGCGAGCCACGAGCCAGCAGCCCCCUGUGCUCUCCGAUGCCAGGCUGGAGGCCAUGGUCUCGUGGUGGAGCUGGCGCCCAAAGUGUUGGAUGGCACGCGGUGUCGGGCCGGGUCCCCGGACAUGUGCAUCAACGGGGUCUGCGAGGAGGUGGGCUGCGACCGCCAGCUGGGCAGCAACGCCAAGGAGGACAACUGUGGUGUGUGUGGGGGGGACAGCAGCACAUGUCGGCUGGUGAGGGGGCAGACCCUGCCAACUGUCUCCGUGGAGGAACCGAUGAAGACGGUGGUGGAGAUUCCCCUGGGAAGCCGUCAUGUGAGGCUCACUGCCAAAGGACCCGAUCUUCUGAUCUUGGAGACACACUCGCCGCAUGGCCUGAGAGAGGAGCUCAUACCUGGCUCUUCAGGAAGCUACGUCCUACAGAACAGCACACUGGAGGUGCAGAAGGCUGGGGACAGGCUGACCCUUCGCGCUCCCGGACCGCUGGCGGCAGAUUUCAGCAUCAAGCUGAGGUACAGUGCUCCCCGGAACACCCUGGUCCAGUUCUCCUUCUACCAGCCCAUCCGCUACCAGUGGAGGGAGACGGACUUCUUCCCCUGCACCGUGACCUGCGGGGGAGGGUACCAGCUGAACUCAGCCGAGUGCACGGACACCCGGCUGAAGCGGACCAUGCCCGACCAGCACUGCCACCUGUACCCGGAGAACAGGAAGCCCAAACCCAAGCUGAGGGAGUGCGGCUCGGAUCCCUGCCCCGAAAGUGAUGGCUUCAAGGAGGUGAUGCCCUAUGACCAGUUUCAGCCCCUCCCCCGCUGGGAGCAGAAUCCCUGGACGAGCUGCUCGGCAUCCUGCAGGGGGGGCACGCAGAGCCGCAGCGUGACCUGCGUCGAGGAGGAUGUGCAUGGUCUGGUGUCACAGGUCGAGGAGUGGAAGUGCAUGCACUCACCCCGGCCUGCCAUGCAGCAGGACUGCAACACCUUCGACUGCCCCCACUGGACAGCAAUGGAGUGGUCUCAGUGCACAGUGACCUGUGGGCGUGGCUUGCGUUACAGAGUGGUCCUGUGCCUGGAUCACAGAGGGCGGCACGCCGGGGGCUGCGAUGCUGGGCGGAAGCCUCACGUCAAAGAGGACUGCCUGGUCCCUGUCGCGUGCUACAGGCCUCGAGAGAAGCUUCCUGUAGAGGCGAAGUCACCCUGGCAGAAGCAGGCCCAGGAGCUGGAGGUGUCCCGGACCGCCUCCGAAGAGCCCACGUUCAUAACCGGGCCGUGGCUGCCCUGCAGCGCCCCCUGUGGCCCGGGCCGGCAGAGCCGUUGGGUGAAGUGCCGAGUGCUCCUGUCCUUCACUCAGGCGGAGGUGGACCUCCCCGAUAGCGAGUGUGAAGAGGAGAGGCCCUCGUCAGAGAGGCCAUGCAACUUGGGCUCCUGUGACGGGACACCGCUCCUCCAGCAGGGGGAGCCACUUUACAGCUGGGAGCAUGUGGGCUUCACUGCCUGCUCUUCCAGCUGUGCAGCAGGGGUCCAGCAGACCGUGCUAAGCUGUCUCAGGAGUGGCUCUCAGGAGGUGGUGGAGGAGACACUCUGCAGGAACUCCAGUCGACCCCCUACAGCUACCCGGGUCUGCAACCCCCAUCCAUGUCCCCCCAGGUGGGUUCCAGGCCCCUGGACCCCGUGCACAGCCAGCUGCGGGGUGGGCAUCCAGACCAGGAGCGUGCACUGCAGUCAGCUGCACUCUAUGGACCCCGAGGAUGCAGUGACGCUGAGCGACGACCAGUGCGAGGACUUCAAACCAUCUGUGCUGAGGGCCUGCAACCAGGUGGACUGCCCCCCCUCCUGGCAGGUAGAGGAAUGGCAACAGUGCUCCCACACCUGUGGGGGUGGCACCCAGUCUCGCAAAGUCCACUGCAAGCAGCAGCUGUCCACCGGCGCAUUCCACAGGCUUCCAGAUGCCUCCUGUCCUGAGGCCAAGCCUGCCUCCCACAAGCCCUGCGUCCGCACACCCUGUCCCCCGCAGAUGGCUGGUGGAGACUGGUCCAAGUGCUCUGUGAGCUGUGGCACAGGCGUCCAGCGGAGGGAGCCAGUGUGUCGCCGGCUGUCGGCCACGGGACAGCACGUGAUCCUGGCCCGAGAAGCCUGCGGGGGCUUGGCCGCUCCACCGCUCAUCCGGGCGUGUCGCAUGAACCCCUGCUCCAAGCCUCCGAAGGAGGCGAGUCACAGGCAGCCACGCAUCCUUGGUGUCCACCGCAUCUACAUCCAGACCAGGCAGGAGAAACGUGUCCAGCUCACCGUGGGCGGGAGGGCCUACCUGCUGCCCAAGACCUCAGUGGUGAUCAGGUGCCCCGUGAGAAAAUUCCAGAAGCUCCACAUCAGGUGGGAAAAGGACGGAAAAGGCCUGCUCAGCUCUAGGCGACUGGGCAUCACCAAGUCUGGCUCGCUGAAGAUCCAUGGCCUGGAAUCUCCGGACGCCGGGGUGUACCGCUGUGUGGCUGGGCCGACCUCCGAGACCUUCGUUCUGAAGCUGACUGGGAGCAAUAGGCUGGCUGAGCCAUCCAUGGGGAGGGACGUAGAGGCCGAGCACGGCGGACCACUCACCAAGCUGGACCUCGGGACCGAGGCGAGGCAGAAUGGGAGCCGAGGAAAUGAGCUAUACACGAUGGACAGCCAGGUGCAGGACGAGGCUCUCCUCCAGGCUGUCCGGGGCUACCUGACAAGCUCUGAGUGGCCACGUAACAAACAUCUGGAGGUCCUUCAAGGCGGCCACAGCUUGGAGCCCCGGCAGUUUGCGGAGCUGCUGAGAAACAUCAGCCUGGCCGGUGAGCUGAGCGUAGCCACUCCGCUCAGCGAGCACCUGGCCGCAUCAGGGGUCUGGACCAGCUCCAGCGGGAAGUCCAUCGACAGGACGUCCAAUCUGUCAGAGACCGCGAACGGAAAAGCCGCAGGCCAGAUGCCCCACCAAUGGAGAAAGCCGGUCAUCAUCCAACCGGAUCCCCGGCCUCUCAUGGACUUUGAGGAGGACAUCCAAAUGAGCGCCGGUCAGAACGCCAUUUUGACCAAUGCCACCCGCAGUGUGACUCUGCUCUGCACGGCGCACGGAUUCCCAGAGCCCAGCGUCACCUGGACGAGAGAUGGGCAACCCCUGCGACAGACAGAGAGGGUGUCGCUGGAUGGCACGGGGGUGCUGCACAUCUCGAGCCCCAGCGUGGAGGACCAGGGAGUCUACCAGUGCACUGCCACCAAUGAGCUGGGCUCCAACACCCAGAGUUCCCAGCUGUUCAUGGCCGAGCCCCCGGUCAUCGCUGCCUCGAAGAGCGACGUAUCAGACGCCCAGAGCAGCGUACUGCAGGUCGUCGUCGGGGGCAGAGUGGCUGUGGAACCAGGGGCCAACAUCUCUCUGCUGUGUCCCGUCUCAGGCAUGCCCCGGCCAAACAUCACCUGGAGCAAGGCGGAGGGGUCGAUGAACCCGAACGCCGUCCCCCUGCCUGAUGGCUCUCUGCUGCUCAGGGAAGUUUCGCCUGAUGAAUUCGGGACGUACUCCUGCACUGCCUCCAACCACCUUGGGGUGGCGCUGGCGUCCAGCCACGUUUCUACGAUUGGACCAGCCACUAGGGGGCGCCAUCUGCAGCAGAUCGUGAGCCACAAGAAGGUGCUGAUGGCCUCUCGUUCAGGCACCGGCAUCGCUGUCCGGCGUGGGGAUGUCCUGCGCAUAGGGUGCCCCAUUCCUUCAAGCUUCGCGGAGCCCAUCAGCUGGUACUUCCACAAUCGGAGCUUGCAGGAGACCCCCGCCCUGCGCUACCGGACCCUGGCGGAGGGCCGGGUGCUGGAGGUGGACACACUCUCCGGAAGGUUCCAGGGAAGCUACGUCUGCCAGACCGCCGGCCGCUCCCAUUCAGCGCUGGCCCAGAUCCACGUCAGCGAGGAAGUGUUCCACUGGCGGCCGGGAGUCUGGACAGCCUGCAGUGCCAGCUGUGGACACCGAGGGCUCCGGUCCAGAAGGCUGCGCUGCACUGGCUCUGGGGGUCAGGAGGUACCAGUGGCUCUUUGCCAGCAUGUCCCUCAGCCGACAAGCCAGACUCAGCCGUGCGGCAUGCGGGACUGUCCCCCCAGCUGGGAGUCUGCUGUGUGGUCGGAGUGCUCCACUUCCUGUGGGCGGGGCCAUCGGUGGAGGCAGGUGAGGUGUCAGCAGAAGUUGGCCGGGGGAGCGGUGGGGAUGAUGCCCGAGUCCGCCUGUGGGCGGGCCACGCGGCCGACAGACAGAGAGGAUUGCCACUUGCUCCCUUGCGCGGCCUGGCAGUUCAGCCCCUGGGCACCGUGCUCUGGCCUGUGCAUUGCUUCCGGCCUUGCACUACAGAGCCGGCCAGUCAUAUGCAAGCACUCCAAUGGCUCCGCCCUCCCUUCCUCACACUGCGACCCCUGGACCAGGCCAUCGUCGGAGCGCAACUGCUCAUGGGAGGUGUGCGCCACCUGGUGGAAGGUGGGGGCGUGGCGGCCGUGCAGUGCGGCCUGCGGUAGCGGCUUCCGCUCACGUAGAGUGGAAUGCGUCCACCAGGGCACCGGCAGGACAGUUGCAGAGCAGCACUGCGCCUGGCGCCGCCGACCUGUGCCCUGGCAGCACUGCAGAGCUGCACCCUGUGAAGAUGCCUGCAGAGACUCCACCCACUACUGCCCUGCCGUCAAGCGGCUCCACCUCUGUCCCCUCAGCCUCUACAGGCAGCGCUGCUGUCAGACCUGCGCAGGGGAGGCGGCGCGUAGCCUGUAACGGGCUGGCCCGGCCCGGCCCGCACGCAUCGCCGGCUCGGGGGGGGCCUCCAUCCUGCUGCACCCCUCCUGGAAAACAGUGCCGCUUAGGGAAGCGUUUCUCAUUAGCCUCGCAUGGACUUUGCUUGACCUUCCUGGACUUGAGCAUUGUGGACAUUUUAUGCAGAUGGACUGGUUCACGACAGAGGCCAUCACCUGGGAGACGGCGUCACCACCAGCAGAUAGGACACCCUCCGUCAUGUCUGCUUGUCCCCUUUUACCAUCUUCUGCCCUGUCAUUUCUGUGCGACGCCGGAGGAUGAGGAGCCGUGUGGGAUUCUAGAAUGAUGACCUGAGAGUUGCCGCUAUGGAAACGGUGCAUUAUGAGGUCGCCGUGGCAAUGCUCUCACCUUCAGGACAUUCCGAACUUGGGAGAAAGUGUCAUCCGUGCAGUAAUGCAGGGCAGGUUAUUGAGGAGAAUUAGACCCACGAGUACACACACGAAAAUAGUGAAAGGCUUGCUGGCUUCUGUUAGGAAUAAGCUACCACAGCGACUGGAUUCUCUUUGAGCUCGAAGCCGGUGACCGAGUUCCCGAUGGCGUAGGCCGAGCUUCAAAAACAAGGCAUAAACUCCUGGCUACGCUCUGCCGUGCAGUGUAUAGUGCAGUGAUACAGUGUACAUACACAGCGCUCUCCAUGGUCUCAUGCAGGCAUCGCUGAUUGCUUUUGAAAUGUGAGGAGUCGUGUUGCAACGUGAUAACACUAAACUCGGACAAGCUGAAUGUCUUAUGCAUUUAUACAGACAUUGUCAAGCACAUCGCGUGAAACUUCACAGACUGACAGGGCUGAUCUGGGACUCGGCAUUCCCUGAGGACGCUGUCUGGAGGCUGUGAUGUGAGAGCACUCCACGCUCCAUUCCAAUACCAAUUUUUCCAGUGCAGCUGAUUGAGCAUGAGAUAAAAAACAGUUAGGAUGAGUACUGGGAGUGGGCCAGUGCUGAGAGUUUAACCAGGUAGCAAACAAAUGCUGCUGCAUUGUGGAUCAAUGAAUUGAACACUGAGUCCCAGCAUUAAAAGGAGGAGGGAUGCAUUUUAUGAGAUGGUGGCACAGUGGCACAGUGUCACAGUGUCACCAACACACUUAUCAUAUACAUCUUAGGCCUUUCCCAUAACAUUUUGUCUUUUGUAAAAAUGCCUUGUACAAAUCCUGCUUUUAAGUGCAAUACUGUACAUUGAGUGUAGAUUUUUGGGACUUUAUUUUAUUGCCAAAGUAUAUCUAUACAGCUAUAUUUCCAUAUGCUUUGUGUUUAAUUGAUUUAAAGACAGUGUCUGUAUUUAGUACUUGGUACCGUGAUUAUAAACAUUUUUCCUUCGUACGCAUGCAGUUGGGAGAAAUAUUGCAUCUGAAGUUCAGGCAAGCAACACAACAGGAUAGCUUUAAACCACUGUCACGGCCCACCAUACCUACUGAUACAUAUCAAGACUUUUUUAAUGAUUAAAAUGUAGAACGCAUGAUCCCUUUGUCACAGAAAUACCUGACUGGUCGCAGUAAAGCAGUGUGGAGGGUCACUGGGAUGCAGUGCUAUGUGUAUGGAAUAAACAGCUUGGUUUGUCAGUAAUGGUUCAAUUUUGCAUCCAGAAUGGUUCAUGUGGUUCCAAGGUGUGUAUGGUUGUAAUUAAAUACAUAAUGUCUUAAAUUA